ACUGGUGCAAGCACUGCUUCAGCACAGUCAUCGACCACCAUGAUCGUGGAGGGUGUACCCAAAGAACUGCAGCACGGCAUGCCGCCCAUCGCGAUCGCGACAUUGGGCUACGCAGAGCCACGUUGGAACUUGUACCUGGUCGUGGCCGUGGUCGGGGCAAUGCUCGCCAUCUCGGGAACAUUCCUGGCGCCCGCCGGACUCCGGUACGUGAUUGGCUGCCAGUCCCCCCAGUGCGGCGACUGGUUCGAGGACCUGUCUAUGUCCAUCAGCCCGCGGCGCAAGCCUUGUGACGACUUCUACGAGUUCGUCUGUGCAAACAGGAACACCACGCAGGGUGCCACCGUGAACGCGUUCCUGAAGCUGCAGAUCCGCGUGGCGCUGUCGUUCUUCAAGCAGCUGCUGCUUCUUGAUACAGACCUGCCGGAUGCCAACCUCGUCAGCGCGCACGUGAAGACGGCGCGUUUCAUGCAACGCUGCAUGCAAGAGGCCAUCAAUGCCGGCGACGAUAUACGCUUCGUGUCCAACUUCCUGGCGCAGUACAACCUGUCGUGGCCCCCGCCCCAGGAUCCCGCCGCGCGUUCGGCGCAAGUGGAGCGCUCUGUGGUCGACCUGCUGGUCGAGCUCAGCCUUGUGCGCGGCGUGCACCCGCUGCUGCGCAUCGUGCCCGACGUGUACUUCAAGCGACGCGGCUACUACUCGCUCCACGUCGAGUUUAACCUGGCCUUCAUGUACGAGUGGGCCGCCGUGCGCAAGCUGCUGCUUGCCUCCGGUCGGCUCGGCGCUUUCUUCGACAUCACCGCCCUGCUCCUCUCCGGAAGGCGUCCCCAUCCUCAGCUGGUGGAACGUCUGAUGGCGCUGGACAACAUGCUGCUGACGGCGGCGCUCCCACCGAUGGGCGACCGGCCCAACAUGACCACGUCCUACGUGCGCUUCAGCGACCUCAGCAACCUGACGAGUCCGUCGUUUCCCGGACACAUGCUGUUGGACGCCGUCAACAACGUGCUGCCGCCGAGCCGGCGUCUGACGGAGGACGACGAGCUGGUGGUCACCAACGGCCCUUACCUGCGCGUCGUCGGACAGUUGCUGGGGCCCAGCCCUGCCUCCGAGACGCUGCGCUCAUACGUCAGCCUUAUGCUGAUACGCUACCUGGCACCGUCGACGUCGACUCGCCUGGUGAGCAGCCAGCUGCCGAUGGAAGGGAACGCGCUGAACGCGGCGCUGUUCCGGCUGGCCCACUGCGUGGCCGACGCCAUGCAGCUGGUGCCGUACGUGAUGGGCGACCUGUUCGUGCGCUGGCACCUGGACGAGAACGAGUUGGACGGCGCCCGGGACAUUGUCAGUCGGGUGCGCAACGCCACGCGCUCUGGCUUCCUGGCGCUGCGUUGGAUCGACGAAGAGACGCGCCGUGGAGCCCUGCGGCGCAUCGACAACCUGGCCUCGCUCGUCGGACACCCCGACAACGUGUCGAGGAUGGAUCAGCUGAACCGGCACUACGCGUUCCUGCCAGCCAUGCGGGGCAGCUACGCGCAGAUGCUGACCGCGAGCCGGGACGCGGACGCCCGUCGCCUGCUCCGGAGGCUGCGCGCCAGCGACCCCUUCUUCCCGGCCGUGGACGUCGAGCUUCCCAUGAUCCUGGUGAACGCGUUCUACCUGCCCAUCUAUCACGUGAUGGUCAUCCCGCCGGCCAUCAUGUUUGCGCCCUUCUAUAGACGCGCGCUGCCCGCCGCGCUCAACUACGGCUCGCUCGGCCACGUCGUGGGUCACGAGAUCACUCACGGCUUCGACCCCGAGCUGAGCCUGUACAACGAGUCCGGUCUGCGCGAGGACUGGUGGACGACGCGCUCGCGCGCGAACUUUGACCAGCGCGUCAAGUGCCUGCGCCGCCUCUACAACGAGGCCCCCUGGUCGCGCGGCGUCAACUACGGGGACACGGCGCUCUCCGAGAACUUCGCCGACUGCGGGGGCCUCGACAAGGUCUACAGGUCGUUCAAGUCGCUCGGUCCGCAGCCCUCUCAGCGUCUGGGCCACACGAGCUACACGGCCGACCAGCUGUUCUUCAUCAGCAGCUGCUACAAGUGGUGCACCGUGGAGGGCGCCAUGCGCGGCCGUUCCCCGACCGACGAGUCCGAGGCGAUCAAGUUCUACUCGCCCAUGCACAUGCGCUGCAAUGUGCCGCUCAUGAACAUGCCCGAGUUCGCCGAGCACUUCAACUGCGAGCAGGGCACCGUCAUGAACCCUCGCGUGCGCUGCGAGACCUUCUAGCGACGCGCUUCGUUUGGAAAAACGUCGCAUAAACGACGCGAAAUGGCCGCCUUUUUUUGUAUUAUUCGCGCGUUCAAGUUGGGCGAAGCGAUUCGUAUCUACAAACGCUCCGGACCACUGGAAGCCAUGGCGUCGCAGACAAGGGGUCCAGAUAACGGCGGUUGCAGAUUGUGGUUCUGGUAGUUGCCUCUUAUUCAACUAUCGCCCGAGUGAUAUUUUUUCAGUUGUGAUUAAGUUGUGUGUGCGAAAUUCCUACAGCGGGUCCCUCCGAAAUGGGCGCUUAAGGUUAUGUACCAUUGCACUCGCGUGCAUCUUUAUACUUUGUGUUAAAUGAUGCCUACCGACAUAGGGCGUCUGAAACGUCGCCAUAAAUAACGUAUGUAGUGCAUAUACGUAUGUAGCCUAUACUUGUGUAUGUAUUUCGUGUAGAAUAUAAACUACGCAUUUUAUCUGGAACAUUUUGGAUAAAAUAUAUGCUGACCACGACGUCUUCAAAAAGGAGCGUGAAACGGAGACAUAUUGAGCAGAGAUUGGAAAGAGAUUACGUUUCACGUUCUUUUUUCGAAGGUCAAACCGUACCAACGUACGAACUUGCCAAGGUUUUUGCUUUGAUGACACUGACGACCGGUCUAUACCAGCCACCUGACGUCAAUGACUGCGUUCCCCCAGUGUUCUCGAAGCUGGCUUCACUGCAGUAUGACUUAUUGUGUGCAGAAGCGAUUUUGUUUCAUAGGCGAUGACUUGCCCACUGGGCAGUAGGUAUCCGCGUCCAUGCGCAGCCGCGUUCGUUACG